AGAGAGGAAGAAAAAGGAAUGACAUCCCCGUCUCGAAGACCUUGCAAUCUGUUCUCUCCCGUUCAUCGCCGCCAGUUCUUGCACCACCCACGUUUCGUGAACUCCAGUGACGUCACAAGGAAUACAUUCUAGAACCGGUACAGUUACCGUUAAAUGGGGUGAGCCAACACUCCUCUUCAACCCCAUGGAAAGUCUUAUCCGACCAAUGAGGGAACUUCGUACUACUGUGCGUCGACCAAUCGCGAACAGAUCGUCAUUGAGAUGAACGCGUAGACGGAGGGGACCGAGGUCUUAAGAAGAGCCGAAGACACUGGUACCGGGACACUGUUGCUCGCGGUCCUUGGAGGGACGAUUCACUGCUAAUCCCGAGUUUGUCUGGUGUUGUCGAAGUUUGAUACUUGUAAUAUUAUUAGAAAUGUUUCUCACCGCGUUCAAUACAUAAUCGUGCUCUUUUUAUUAAGUAUAUUUCUGACGAACAUUAGUUUCUGUAUAAACGUAAACAACAUUAGUUUGUUAGGAGAUGAAACCGGUAAGUCGAGCGUUACUUAAAUCUAGAUAAACGUGCUGGAUAAAAAGAGUUGAUUUUCCCGAAAACGGAGCGUCGGACGAAAAGGAUUCUCACUCUGUGUAUUGAAAUAUACGUAAGAUACUCGAAUUGAAAAAUUAAUUAAGUUCUUUUAGUUGGAAACGACGAUCAUUAUGAGUGGUUCCGGAAAAGGCCUUCUUGGGGUGUGGCUAUACAGAAGAGGUGAACACUGGGCCAUUAAAGAAGGAAGCCCCAUACACAAGCCGAGCGAUAUCCCCAUGGUCGAGCACAAAUCGAACAACGACAACAAAAAUUCCGUUGUCUUUUCUUUAAAAAACCAAGUCGGUGGUUUGGCACGGGCACUGCAAGUUUUUCAGGAUCUGGGCGUGAAUGUUAUUCACAUCGAGUCGCGGAAGUCGUUGCGUCGCGGUUCCGAAUUCGAGAUCCUCGUUGACGUCGAAUGCGAUUCGAAAAGAAUGGAACAGCUGACAAGGAUGUUGAGCCGAGAAGUUGCUGCUAUUAAUUUGGCACAGUACGAGCAAACAGGAAAUAUUCCUCACGCUCCGUCACUUUCCGCAGCUCCAAGUUUUGAUUUCAGUGAAGUAGAUAUGCCCUGGUUUCCACGAAAAAUAUCGGAUCUAGAUCAGGCUCAAAACGUGCUCAUGUACGGAUCUGAAUUGGAUGCAGAUCAUCCGGGCUUCAAAGACCCGGUGUAUCGCAAACGUCGUGUACAAUUCGCGGAUAUUGCGAACAGUUACAGAUAUGGCCAACCAAUCCCGCGCGUGCAGUAUACAUCGGAAGAGAUCAGAACAUGGGGAACAGUUUUUCGUGAGUUGCAUCAACUUUAUCAGAAACACGCUUGCAAGGAGUAUUUGGAAAACUGGCCGAAGCUGGUCAAGUAUUGCGGCUAUAGAGAGGACAACAUACCACAAAUGCAAGACGUCAAUGUUUUCUUGAAGCGAACAACUGGAUUUCAACUUCGACCCGUAGCAGGUUACCUUUCACCGAGAGAUUUUUUGGCCGGCCUUGCUUUUCGCGUGUUCCACUGUACGCAAUACAUUCGACACUCGUCCGAUCCCUUUUACACACCUGAACCAGACUGCUGCCACGAAUUGUUGGGGCACAUGCCGCUUCUAGCGAAUCCAAGUUUCGCCCAAUUCUCGCAAGAACUUGGACUCGCUUCGCUCGGAGCUUCGGACGAAGACAUCAAUAAAUUGGCAACCCUCUAUUUCUUCACUGUGGAAUUUGGAUUAUGCAAGCAAGAUGGCAUACUUCGUGUCUACGGCGCUGGUUUAUUGUCUUCCGUCGCGGAACUCAAACAUGCAGUUUCCGUGCCCGGGAAAACGUUCCGAUUCGACCCAGAAGUGACUUGCAAACAGGAAUGCAUCAUCACUGCGUUCCAAAAUGCGUAUUAUUACACGGAUAGCUUCGAAGAGGCGAAAGAAAAAAUGCGAGCUUUUGCGAAUCAAAUACAACGUCCAUUUGGAUUACGCUAUAAUCCCUAUACACAAUCAGUGGAAGUUCUCACGGAUGCUCAGAAAAUCACGGCAGUGGUCAGUGAACUUAGGGGUGACCUGUGUAUCGUCUCAAAUGCCCUGAGAAAGAUACACGAACAAGAUGAUACAGUGGACGUGGAGAGGAUAACCAAUCUUUUAACGCAAGGUAUCGAAUUGCCUCAAGAUACCUCGUCUUCUGACAGCGAUAUUGAUAAAAGCCCUAACGUCGAGACGCCUGAGAAUUCAGUAAAAAAUCAGAAUGAAAACUAUCCGUGCGAUGACAUGAUCACCGCGCGAGAUUAAAUAGAAUUCGUUUCUAUAGGCAAUUAAGAUAAAUUACACGUGUAUUGUAAAUUGUUUCCAAUUGUUAUGAACAUUGUUUCUGUGAACGUAGUCAGCAAAUAGAAUUAUAUGUAGAUACAGGAUUACAGAGUUCGAAGUUAUAUAAUAAUAUACGACACGUGGAUAGUUCGUUGUUCAUGCUUGUAGAAAAUUAUAUUUAAUUUAGGAAAUUAUCAAAGUUGCACUGCAUAGGAAAAAAAAUAAAUAAAAACUUGAUAUAAUCAAACAU